AUGGGAGAAAAAGAAUUAAAUGUAACUAACACAAAUAUUACGCUAUGUGCAUAUAACUGUCAAAGCUUUAAAUCGAAUUCAUAUUAUAUUUCUAAGUUGUUAAAGUCUUUCGAUAUUAUUUUUAUAUCAGAACAUUGGCUUUUAAAUAUUGAGAGUUUUUUGUUAAAUAACAUUGCAUUACUAACACACAAAGUUUUUUUUCAUGCGGCAGAAAAAAAUACACACGGUAGACCAUAUGGAGGAAAUGCUUUUAUGGUACGAAAAAAAUGGUCGUCUUUUUACAUAAUACAUGAAGAUGAAAACAUUCUUGCUAUUAAAGGCACACUUAACAAUCGUAACUUAAUUUUUAUUGGUGUUUACCUUUCAUCUUGUCGUAAUAAUAACGAAUCAUACGCAAAAUACUCUUCUCAGUUACAAACAAUCACUUCAAUAAUGAACAACUAUGAGGAUGAAGGAGAAUGUAUUAUUUCCGGAGACUUUCAGUCAUUUCCAUAUAAAAUAUAUGAUUCAGAGCUUCGUAAAAACAAAACUAGGAACAAUUUCUCAAAACAUCUCACUAAUUUUAUUGAAUCAAAUCAGCUCGCUUUUGUCGAUAUAAUCAACGGUGCUGGGCCUACUUAUACCUAUCAACAUAAAACUCUUUCUAAUUCUUCUUACAUUGACCAUAUUGCAUCCUAUAAACAGACAGAACUAUGUUUUACAAACUGUCAAGUUAUGCAAUCUUCACCGCUUAACCUUAGUGAUCACCUUCCGGUGUCUACGAAUAUUAACUUUGAAGGUACCGGCUUAUCACACGAAAUAAAUAAUAUAAUGCAAAAAUAUAAUUCAAUACCAAAACAUGCAUGGAAUAACGAAAGGUUUAUUGACUUUUAUAAUCUCAAUCUAUCAAAAGCAUUUACUAGUUACGCAUUUAAGGAAGAUAAAAUAGAAGAAGAAAUUCAAAAAACAUGCUUAUAUAUAAAAAAUGCAGCUCUCUUGGCAGUUAAACAAUGUUUCGGACAAAAAGAAUUUUAUAAGUACUCGAAACCUUGGUGGACACCUGAGCUUAAAAAAAUUAAAGAUAAUCUCUCCUUUCACUUUAGACAAUGGCAAAAAUCAGGCUAUAAUAAGUCAACAGAAUGUAUAUCCUACAAAAGAUUUACUUAUUCCCGAAAAAACUUUCGUAAAGCUAACAAAAACGAAAUCGUCGAAGAAUUUAGUCAUCAUUUCCAAAAACUACUUAAUACACCGCAAUAUACAAAUAACGAGUUCAAUCCUCUCCAAAUUCCACAUUUAAGUAAAGAGCCUAAUUCAAAAGUUAUCUCGACAGCUGAUAUUGAAAAAUGUAUUUUAAAGCUUAAAAAUAAUAAAUCUUACGAUUGCUAUGAAAUCAGUGCCGAACAUCUUAAAAACUCUCACAACAAGAAUCUUCUUAUUUUACUUUCGUCGUUUUAUAACAAUAUGUUAACAAAUGGAAAGGUUCCACACGGUUUAUCAACCGCCAAAAUUAUCCCAUUAGUCAAGUCUUAUAAAACAUCACUAGAAAAUCCAAAUAACUAUCGAGGAAUCAGCAUUAUACCAAUUUUUACAAAACUUCUCGAAUAUCUUAUCAUACACAUAUGUCCAGAUAUAACAGAAAGUCAUUCCCAUCAAUUCGGUUUUAAAGAAAACAGCUCUACCCUCCACGCAGAAUUUCUUCUGAGUGAAACAAUAAAGCACUAUAAUCAUAAUAACUCACCGCUAUAUAUAUGCAGUCUAGACGCCAACAAAGCUUUUGACAGUUGUAAUUGGGAAUUACUAUUCGAGAAACUCUAUUACCAGAAAAAAAUCCCAUUAUCUAUAGUUCAUACAAUAUUAUCACUAUAUCAAACAGGAACUUCUAAUAUAUCAUAUCUUGGAUGUACAUCAAACAAAUUUAGGCUGUCUCAGGGAGUGCGUCAAGGAUCCAUACUGUCGCCUCAUCUCUACAAUAUCUACACAGAGAACCUUCUAGAGAAAAUUGUUUCAGAAUCAAAAGUUGGAACUUCAAUAAAUGGUGUAUACACAGGUAUCAUUGCAUAUGCUGAUGAUAUAGUUUUACAAAGUUCCACUAUAUCUGGUCUUCAGAGCCUUAUUAACAUUGUUCAAAAGUAUGGACUAUCGAACUUUAUUAAACUGAAUACAGAAAAAACUGAAUUUCUAAUAUCUGGAAUAAGUUCGAUUUUAAUUAACGUUAUUUAUAAUAACGGUGAUCCUAUCAAGCCUCAAAACAAUCUAAAACAUCUUGGUUUCCUUUGGGAUAAUAAGAACAAGAAAAUGACAGCAACACUCCAAAAACAAAAUAUAACUGAACGUGUAACGCAAUUUUUAUCUGUUGCAAAAGGUCUUAUAAGAAAUGGACUUCGCUUUUGCCAGCCUGCUACCAUAGUUCAUUUAUUUAAUUCUUUAGCUGUUCCAACGUUGUUAUACGGAUUAGAACUGUGUGGAAGCAGCAAUAAGCUUCUAAAUAGCAUUGAUAUAGCUGGACGAUCUGUCUUAAAAUCCUUCUUUAAUAUUUCAAAGCAAAGUAGAAAUUAUCUACAUUCUUAUUUCAAAGUAGACGCUGUGUCAGACAUUCUUUUUCGCAACAAGUUAAAUCUAUUUAUCAGGCUUUUAAACAACCCCAUAUGUUACUCGAUUAUACGGACUCAGAUGCCUUUAAUGAAUCAACGAUCAUUUGUGGGUGAGGUAAUGAUAAUGUGUAAGAAAGCUGAUAUAAACAUGCUCCAAUUUAUGAUCGAGGGUAAGAAAAUUAUAAUUGCACGCCCUCAGGAAGCAUUGGAGGCCAAUGUUGCGGCGAUCUUAAAACAAUCGUUCCAACACUGGAAUUUAAAGGAACAAAGAGAAGUAUUUAGAACGCUGAUGGAGGAAAACAUUCCAAGAACGAUGCAAGAAAAUACUUAA